GUGACUGGUGUGGCUGUGGGCACGGGUCUGUCAAUGGCAUGUGACACUCUGAUAUCACAGACUUAUGGCAGCAAGAAACUGAAGCAGAUUGGGGUUAUUCUCCAGAGAGGUAUCCUUAUUCUCAUCAUCUUCUGCUGCCCCUGCUGGGCUCUCUUCAUCAACACGGAAAAAAUCCUGUUGGCUACCAAACAGCACCCCGAGGUGGCCAGGUUAUGCGGGCUUUAUGUGAAGAUAUUUAUCCCUGCUCUUCCUGCUGUUUUCCUAUACCAGCUCCAAGUGCGAUACUUACAGAAUCAGGGUAUAACUAUGCCACAGGUAUUCACUGGACUGGUGGCUAACGUUCUGAGUGCCCUGGUAAACUAUAUUUUCCUGAUCGUGUUGAAACUUGGAGUGGCAGGGUCUGCGUGGGCCAACGUGAUCUCGCAGUACAGCCAGAACAUCAUCCUCUUUACUUACAUUCGGUGCAGGAAACUGCACCUCCCAACCUGGGGAGGUAAUGCGAGUCCUUCUGACCAGCACCUUUAAGCUGGUGGAGUUUAAGAGGGGAUUUGAUAGAGAUGUUGUAGGA